GAGGAGUGUCAUCCGGGACCUUGUCACGUGUGUUUGCGGUACAAUGACGAGAAAACGUGUUAGUAAGAAGUCCAAGAAGAGUUGGAGAAAAUUUUCUAACGUGAAGGACAUUGAAGAACAUCUUGAACAACUUCGUGCAGAGGAAAGAACGGGAGGGGUAGUAGUGAAGAAGUCAAAUGAGCAGUUGUUCUUUGUGGAUAAAGAUGCUACAGUUGAGCAAGGAACAGCCAAGUCGAAGAGGACUUGGAGGCCGCUGAAAUGUGAGAUGCAUUUAUGGCCAGACUUGAGAGUUAAACCAGUACAGCCAAGCACAACUAAAUUAGUCAAAGAAAAGAAAAAGAAUGUGAAAGAUAAGGCAGCACUGAAAUCGCCUGUACUGGACAGAUGUGAUCCAGCAAUUGUUAGAAGAGUUGUGGCUCCGAAGAGACGAGGAUUGCCAGUGGCAGCUACAGACUUAUGGGCAGAGGAUGUAGCGAGCAUGGCACUUGAUCCAAUAGAGGAGUACUAUAGAGAAAGUACGAAACAGAAGCCAGUGAAGGCACCAAAGACUCUCAAAUUCAAUAAACCAUUACCAAUUUCUGCUGUUGAAGUUGCCCAUCCAGGUGCCUCAUAUAAUCCAUCAUUCGUCGACCAUCAGGCACUCCUACACUCAGCAACAGAAGUGGAGGUUGAAAAAUUGAGGAAAGAAAGCAAGUUAUCCAGGAAAGCUGCAAUGUCAAAAAUGAGCGCUGCAGAACGCGAGGCUGUUUGGAGAGAAGAGAUAGGACGUGUGGGUGAGGACAUGCUGAGAAACAGCGAGAGCAAUGAAAAUGAUGGCAGUGGCUCAGAUGAUGAGACGACUCUAGGUAGACAGACAGUUCGUGCUGACAAGAGAAAGACAAGGAAACGUCGACGGAAAGAGUUGGAAAGACAAGCACAGGAGGAGACAAAACGAGUGGAGAAAAUUGAUAAACAAAAGCGUCAAGAUUUAUACAGAUUGCGAUCAAUAGGCCGUGAGAUAAAGAGUCAGGAGAAGGAAAUUGAGGAGAGGCAAGAGACGAGAAAACAAAAAGCAGUUUGUCAAGAGCGAAAGCCGAAGAGGCUUAGCAAACUUGCAUUUGAAGAGCCUGAUAUUGACUUACAACUUAGCGACGAGCUAGCAGGAUCUCUACGACAACUGAAGCCAGAAGGCAAUCUGAUGAUGGAUCGUUUCAAGAGCUUUGAAAAGCGCGGAAUUAUUGAGACUCGAAAGCGUGCAGUAUCCAGGAGAAAAUAUAAGCUAAAGGAAUACACCAAACGGACACACAGAAUUGAAGAAGUCGAAAGUCCGUCAAUAGCAUAAAGGAUUAAUUCAUUUAGCUGUACACCAGAAAACACUAGAUAUUUGGUACGUCUCUGUAUUGUGAUCUAUUAGCAAAUAAAGGAAAUAUGAGUUUAAAUGGUGAGAGAGUUUGUGCUCGUUGUUGAUGGUUUAGCACAAAUGGUUAUUUAAUACAGUUG